CUAAAGAAGACGUACUUCCGUCGUGACGCAAUCGUUAGUAGUAAAUGGCGGUCACCAACAGGCCGGACUAUAAACAUUUCCACGGUUCCAACUGUCGGCUCAUGCUCCGUGCUGAGAGGAAGUUUACAACUAAAAGGACCAAGAAAACGAAAGAAACGGUUAACAAAUGGAGAACGACGACAGUCACGAAGAAAAAGACACGGAGCCUGAAGUGGCCGAACUCCGGCUGAAAGUCGAAUCUUUGAAACAGGAGCUCAAAGAGUGCCGAGCCGAGCUGGCCAAGUUACAGAAGCAGCUGAGCCACUCCGAAAGACUGCAGCGGAGCACGGAGGGCUAUAACGAAGACCUGAGGAAGCAGGUCGACCAGCUGAGUGCAGAGAUUCAUGAACGGAAGAAAAAAGAUAAAGACAAAGUCGACUGUGAAACUCAAACAGAAGAACAUGUAUGGACAGAAACUGAUUAUUAUAAUUACUACUAUGGAGACUACGGUCUGAACUCGGAGGGAGCAGACACUCAGGAAAGCCUGAACACGGUGCCAGCUGAUUAUGAGGCAGCAGAGAGCUCAACAACAAAUCAAGCAACAGCUGCAGAUGUGUCAGUUCAGCCAGACCAGACCAGUUUAGCGGUCACAACAGAGGGGAGCGAUGGAGGAUCUAUAGCAGAUAUGUUGAGGGCCACUGCUGAGGAAGCUAUGACACAGACUGGGUUUGUGUUUGAUGAGACUUCUGGGAUGUAUUAUGACCACAGCACGGGCUUCUACUACGACUCGGCCAGUCAGUUGUACUACGAUGCCAACUCUGGCAUUUACUACUACUACGAUGCAGAGAGUGGACGAUACCAGUUUCAUUCCAGGAUUGAGGUUCCUGCUGUGCAGAGUAGUGCAGAGCCGUAUCAAGAAAAAACAGACGCUGAUAAGAAAGGCAGAAAAUUCAAGAAAGGAGUCAAGAAAACAUCACAGGAUGAUAGGGAAGUGAAAAAUGACGAUGUAAAGCUGGAAGAAGACGAGGCCGACUGGGUUGAAAGGCAAACGACUAAGAAGAAGACAGAAUCACGGAAAGCGAAACGAAGGUCUCGCAGUCCAGAUGUGGCUCCACGGCGAAAAGACUCGUCCAAACGCAAAGAAGACGGCGACAAAUAUCCAUCAAAGAGAAAAAAGCAGAAAAACGGCUCGCACCAUGACGAUAAGGGAGACUCAAGGAAGAAAAGGAAGAAAUCUAAGUCGGAAAAACAUAAAAAGAAAAAGAAGGCCACUCGGAGUGAUGGAUCUGAGGGGAACAGUGAACCAGAAGAGGGUGAGAUCACAGAGUCAGAGAGGGAAGAAUGGGAGUCUACCCCCUCGUUCUCGUCGCCCUCGAGCGCAGCCUCAAUGGAAAGUCCUGAAUCAGAAAUGGACACACAGAGUCAAGAAGUCAAAGACAUCUGGCCUCCCUGUGUAAGAGUGACUGUGGUCAGGUCUCCUGUGCUGCAGGUGGGCACUCUGUUCAUCAUCACAGCCGACUCUCCAGCCACCAUUGGCAGAGAGAAAGAUAUGAACCACGCAAUCCGAAUACCAGAAAUGGGAGUCAGCAAGUUCCAUGCAGAGGUGUAUUUUGAACAGGAGCAGCAGAGCUACAUGCUGGUGGACCAGGGAAGCCAGAAUGGAACGGUGAUCAAUGGCAACCGCAUCUUACAGCCCAAAACCAAGUCUGAGCCACAUGCACUGAUGCACGGCGAUGAAGUGAAGAUGGGAGAGACUGUGUUGUCCUUCCAUAUCCAUUCAGGGAACGAUACCUGUGAUGGUUGUGAGCCCGGUCAGGUGAUGGCUCACCUCAGCAAGCACAAGAGAGAAGACAACACUGGUCCUGCUCUCACCAAAGAGGAUAAAGAAUCACUGCGACAGAAAGAGCUGAAGCAGAUGAAGGCCAAAUAUGGCCUGCAAAGCGGUGACUUUGAGGAGACGAAAGCCUUGAAGAACCCCAAAUAUAAGGAUCGAGCAGAAUCUCGAAGGCAAACAGUGGGCAGUGAGGGUGCUUUCCAACGCGAUGAUGCACCGGCUUCUGUUCAUGAGGAGAUCAGUGAAGUGAAUAAAGGACGGAAGAUGCUGGAAAAGAUGGGCUGGAAGAAAGGAGAGGGACUGGGUAAAAUGGGAACCGGAAUGAAAGACCCGAUUCAACUGAAAAUCCGAAAGUCCCAGUCGGGUUUGGGAGCAGCUGCCGCCAUGUCUCUGGACGACGCGUCUUUGACUAAAUCAAAGUCCCAAAAGAACUGGGAGAAGGCGCGAGAGAGGUUCGCUGAUACCCGCCAGCCUGACUCGCUCGUGCCCAAAACCCAGAAGAACACUUCACCCAAAGCCUGGGUCAGAUCGGAAGAGACGGAGACCACACCGAACAGCUUUCAAACAGAAGGCCAAAGUUAGGAGUCAGAAGAGAAUUUCCACAGAUUUAAAAACUGGGCACUUACGCAUAUUGACACCAAGAGGAAAUGUGUCGUUUUCAUUUAUUUCCUCAGCUGUGAAGAGUCAUGCAACCAGUUGAGACUAAAUUGAGUUUUACCUCUAUUCUUAAGAGUACAGGAUAUGCCCUCAUUAUUUUACUGCCACCGUAAAAACAAACAAAUAAACAUUAUUGACCUGUC